AUGCCCUCUCGAUCAACCAGCCCUUACCGGUCCGCAGAGAACCUCACCCCCAUCCUCGAUCUUCGCUCGGAGGACAAAAGUCGAGAUCCAAAUGAGAGACCGGAUCACUCACAGGUUGCAAGCCGCGGCACACCCGCUCGCCAUUCACGACGACAGCGAUCGGAGUAUCGAUCCUGGGAUCGGGCGAGUGAUGUGCCCAGAACGGGGACGACGGGGUCCAAGUAUCGAUCGCGGUCGAGACAUUGA